UUUUUUCAGUGACUGUCGCCUGCUUGUUUUAGUCUUCUGCCCAGCAGCAUGUGAAGAGGACCACCAGUGUCUGCUAAACAAACUCGUAUAUCUGGAAUGUAGUUUACUUUGAAGACAUCAGCAGAUAUUACACACCCAUUUCCCCCUUCCUCCGCAGGCUUGUCUGGUAAUCAUUGUUAAAUCUGAAGUUUGUAACUACAAUAAAAAGAUAAGUCUCUGACUGCACUUAAGGAAAAUGGGGGAAAAUGGAGACCAUAGAUCUGAACAGUGCCUGGCUACUACAGACAACGAUUCUGUGAAAGAGCCCAGAAAAACUAAUUUACGUAUUACAUCAGUAGAAGAUGCGGAACAUUUUAAACCAAAAGAGCGUCUCGCUAAUGGAAAUACUGCAACUUCAAACUCCAAGGCUACCAGAAAUACCCCACGAAGACAUACAGUAGGAGGUCCUCGCAGCUCCAAGGAAAUACUAGGGAUGCAGACAUCAGAGAUGGAUAAAAAGCGUGAGGCCUUCUUAGAGCAUCUGAAGCAGAAAUAUCCUCACCAUGCUUCUGCUAUUAUGGGCCACCAGGAGAGGCUUAGGGAACAGGCAAGAAGUCCAAAGCUUUCCCAGAGCCUGCAGCCUGGUUCAGCAGAACAGGCAGAAAAGCUGUCUGUUGCUUCAGGAGAGUCAGUAGAAGCCAUGUCUGAAGGAGAGCUACCAAGUGUUUUCAUGAGAGGCAGCCGGUCUCGAGCAAGCCUUCCAGUGGUGAGGUCAGCCAACCAAACAAAGGACAGGUCUUUAGGUGUGUUGUACCUUCAGUAUGGGGAUGACACAAAGCAGAUUAAGAUGCCGAAUGAAAUUACAAGUACGGACACAAUCCGUGCUCUGUUUGUAAGUGCUUUCCCACAGCAGCUCUCCAUGAAAAUGUUGGAGUCUCCCAGUGUUGCCAUAUACAUAAAAGAUGAAGCCAGGAAUGUCUUCUAUGAAUUAAGUGACAUAAGGAACAUACAAGAUCGAGCCCUCCUUAAGGUUUACAAUAAGGAUCCAGCAUUUGCUUUUAAUCAUACGUCCAGAGCUAUGAAUGGAGACUUAAGGAUGCAAAGAGAAGUAGUUUACACAAGCCGUGAAGGACCUUACACACAUCGUCAGGGCUCUGGCCCACCACCUCCACAUUCAGUUCCACAUAUGCCACCUCAGGCAGUGAUUUCCCAUUCUGUGCCUCCUUCUCCAUCCCGAAUCCCAUUCGGUGGAGGACGACCUAUGAUCUUACCAGGGAAUGGAACUAUGCCCAGAGAGAGAGUCUCUAGUGUUCCAAGUUCAAGAUCAAUAUCACCAAGCCCAAGUGCCAUUUUGGAGAGAAGAGAUGUAAAACCAGAUGAGGAUUUGACAAACAAAAAUGUUGCAAUGAUGCGGAAUGAAGGCCUUUAUGCUGAUCCUUACAUGUUUAUUGAUGGACGAAUGAGUAUGGCGUCUUCACACUCUGGAUACACUGGUGAUGUGCCCGACCACCUCAUAACCUAUCACCGUAAUACCAUGAGACCACCAAAUGCUUACCCCAAUGCUGCUAUGCAAACUGAAAACAUGGAACAGGCUUUGUACAGACAAAGGAGCAGAAAGUAUGUUGACAGCCAUUUACCUACUUUGGGUUCUAAAACCCCUCCCAGCUCUCCGCACAGAGUGACAGACAUGAGGGUUGUAGAUGUUCAUUCCCACAGUACCCAUGUGCCUCAUUCUCAUACUUUGCCACCAGACCAAUUGUCUCCUGUUCAUCAGGUGUAUAAGAAGGACCCUGUGGCCUCCUUGGUUAUGGAAACAACAGUUACUAAAACACGGAACACUAAUGCUUCACCUGUUCUCACUGAUGUUGUUGACAAAUCAGUAGGUUAUACUGUUGCCACAGCACAGGAAGAUACACAGACAAGAGGCAGAAUGGAAGCCAUGGAACAACAGAUAGCCAGUUUAACUGGUCUUGUGCAGUCUGCACUUUUGAAGGGGUCAAGCACCACCACUGCGAAGGAUGUUCCUAGUGAGAAGAGAAAGAAUACAUCCAGUGUCUCAAGAACCGAGAGUGGAAGCAAUUCUAGCAUCACAGGUUUUACAAACUCUGUGACUUCUACUGAAACAACAACUGUAACUGGUUACCCACAAGCUGUUGAGAAGACCCCAAUCCAGGUGAACGUGCAUAGUCUGAGACAGAACAUCCUAGAUCUCAGACUACAGCUACAACAAAUGAGGCAACUGCAACUGCAAAACCAGGAAACACUCAGAACAAUGAUAAAAAAAGCUGAACGGGAGAUCACUGGCUGGGUAACUGAAGCCAAGAGGAGGCUGGAAGAUCCUGUGCAGCAACAGCGCACCCUGGUGGAAGAAGAGAGACAGAAGUACCUGCUGGAGGAGGAAAGGAUUGUUAAGCAAUUGUGUGAUUUGGAGAGCCUUGUUGAUGACCUGAAGAAGGAAUCGACAUCUGCUCAAAAAAUUGUUACACUGAAAGAUGUUGAAGAUGGCGCUUACCUCCUGCGACAGGUGGGAGAAGAACUAGCAUCAUUAAAAGGGGAGUUUCCAGCCCUGCAGAACAGAAUGCGAGCGGUACUACGUGUAGAAGUAGAGGCAGUAAAGUUCCUUAAAGAGGAGCCACACAAGUUAGACAGCUUGCUGAAACGAGUCAAGAAUAUGACAGAGGUUCUUAAUGUUGUCAGAAGAUACAUUGUUGAAGGUCCUGUGAAAAGCCCAGAGACUAGCCAGCCACCUGCACAUCGCUUUCCUAAUGAAAACAAGAUCAGCGAACAGAUUCUUCUGAAAACUCAAAACCUUCACAUACAGGAAGAUGUUGUGCAGAGCCAUGUGCAGGGACAGCUGAGUACUUCGAGUGGAAUUGUGGAGCCACAGAGUUCCUCUGUCAAAUCUCAGGUUCUGCCCACCUCAAAUAUGGUGAUCCAUCAUGUACAGAGUGCUCCAGUGGUCAUCCAGCAAUCCCAGCAGUCCUUAGCACUGAGUAAUUCCACCCCAGGUUCUCCGACUCCAGCCAAUCAACUGCCAGAUUCUUCAGUGCUUGGCUAUACCGCACACAGCAACUUUGUCAACAAGCAGCAGGCACAUGAUACUCGAAUUACCAAUCAGCAGCUGCAGCCGCUGCAAGCACAGUCAUCUCAACCCUGCCAAGGGCAUGUCAAUGGCUACACUUCACAGAAUCUUAUAGAAGAAUUCCACACUGCAAGCAGCAGGAACAGAGCCAUGUCUAUUGAGGCAGCAGAAAAGGAAUGGGCAGAAAAGCGUCAAAGAAUUGGUCACUAUGAUGACAAAGAGUUUGAGAAACUUCUACAGGAGGCACAAACCAAUAUGAUGAAGUCCAUCCCCAGCCUGGAGGUAGCACCUGAACUAAAGGCCACACAGCAAGAUACCACAGAAAGACCAGAGCAUUCAGAGGAGACUGUUGUCAUGGAACAGGAAGAGAGAGCUCUAAAAUCUCCCCCUCCCCCACCUCCACGCAGAAGUUACCUUCCAGGAUCUGGUUUAACCACUGGGAGAUCUGGGGAAGUAAUAUAUACCAUCAGGAAAGAGGCCACACUUACUAAGGAAUGUGAAGAAGAGGCUACCCAAGCAGUGCAUAUGAAAGCACCCAAAACAAUGAUUGAAACAAAAAUUUCACCUCCAACUCCUCCUCCUCCAGUUGCAGCUUCAGCUAUUCAAGAUGAAGACGAUGAAGGAGACAAGAUAAUGGCAGAACUGCAGUCUUUUCAGAAGUGCACAUUUGUGGAUGUUAGUUCAAAACCUCAUGCUGAACCCCCUCGAGCUGACCCUCAAGUCAAAGAAGUAAAGCAUGGGACCUUACUUUCACCAAAAGAAAAGAAGCAGAAUUUGGAAUUUUUCAGUGAAGAUUCAGACACGGUUGCUGACGAUGACCUGAACAAAAAUGCAAUGGACUCUGCAGCAGAUGUCUAUACUAUUCUUCCCACAGCAGCAAAUGAAGACAUACCCCAAAUAAUAGAAGCUUCCCAGGACAGCUGUGAUACAAAUGUGAAGCAUAUUACUGUCUCACAAGUGUCUUCUGUGCACAUUUAUAAGAAUCAGAGAAAUGAAUGCAUAAACUUAGUAAAUGAAGCAAAUGGUCAUCAGGAAGAGCCUAAUACAAGAAAUGAGAUUUGUAUGUCAUAUGAGGUAACUGAACUCCCUACUGAAAAAGUGGAGCAGGAGAUCAGUAAAGAAACUGUAGAAAACAAAGUAGUAGAAGUCUGUCAGUCUAAAGAUUUUGAGAGAGAAAGGGACGAGCAUACAAAACACAUCGUAAGGAAAGAAAGUAUUGAUACCAGCAAUGAUGUUGCUGUGGAAGAAAGCAUGCCUACUGCCUAUGAAUCUGUAAAGCAUAGACCAUUAACAUCACACACAUUCCAACCAGAUAGCGAUUUCACAGCAAAUAAACAGGAAAUCCUAGGUGGUGGCGGCACUGAUCAGGUUGUUUUACGAUCUAAGAAAACUAGAAAUGUAAACAUCAGGCACAUGCAAGAUAUUAGUGACUCCAGUCCAAGUCCCCCAACUUCUCCAACUGAGGAGAUUCAGUCUGCUGACAACAUAGCAUUUAUGAUUACAGAAACAAAGGUUCAGGUUCUAAGUUCUGGAGAAGUUAAUGAAAUAGUGAAGCAGCAAGGGGAGGGUAUACAAACUGUGAACAUUGAUGGUAACCAAGAAAUUUGUGGACAGCAGGGCAUGCAUGAGGAAACGAGUACUGAAGGACCAGUAGUCUGUGUGGACAAGAAGCCAGUUAUCAUCAUAUUUGAUGAACCCAUGGAUAUCAGAGCUGCAUAUAAGAGACUUUCCACAAUAUUCGAAGAAUGUGAUGAAGAGCUGGAAAAGAUGAUGUCAGAAGCUACUAUUGUUGAAGAAAAUGAAGAACUAGAAUCACCUGCCACUGCCAAAGAGCUGUCUGAAACUUCAGGUGAUGCUCAUGAGGAGAAGUCAGAAGGUCCAAGCUUAGUGUCAGAAAAGCCUUAUAACCAUAGACGUGGCAGUGCCCCCAGUUCCACUGAAGCUAUCCUUUCUGAAGAGUGUGACAGAGAGAGGCCAGAUUUUGCAGAAGAUGAGGAUCUUAAGUCAGACUUAAAGAGUGAUGCUUCAGACAAUCAGUUUGACAGCAAGCAGGAUGCCAAGAAAAAAUUUAAGUUUAAAUUUCCAAAGAAGCAACUUGCUGCUUUAACACAAGCAAUAAGAACAGGGACGAAAACUGGCAAAAAAACUCUGCAAGUUGUAGUGUAUGAAGAUGAGGAAGAACCAGAUGGAACUGUAAAACAACAUAAAGAAGCAAAAAGAUUUGAAAUUACCAGGACCAAAUCUAAGGAUGGUGAAGAUUUAUGUACAGGCAUAGAUGUGAAACAGCAUUACUCAGCAUCUGAAUCAAACACACAUCCAUCAAGAUCUGAUGAAAUUCGAAAGAAUACAUACAAGACCUUAGACAGCCUUGAGCAAACCAUAAAAGAGCUGGAAACUACCAUAAGUGAAAUGAAUCCUAAUGUAUCUACAGAGACUAGGCACAGUGCUGAAGAAGACAAUCAAAUGUUCUCUUCUCACGUGGUUCCUGACCUACUGGUCAGAGACCCUGUACUUCAGGAAGAACUCAAGGCUCAAGAAGAUUCUAGCUCAAUGGUUUCCAUUGCACAUAAGGUACCACACUACACAAAGCCCAAAUCAAAGUUUCUUCCCAAAUCAGCAUCAAUCACCAAUGAACAACAGGGCUCUAAUGCGACUUCAUCAUCAAGCAGGAUGCCUGUACCUAUGACUGCAAAAGUACGACCACAAGGAAGCACAGAUAAACCAGGAAAACAACAAAAGCUUCAAGACUCGCAGCGCCAGUUUCGACAGGCAAAUGGAAGCACUAAGAAAGCUGGUGGGGACUGUAAGCCUACUUCCCCAACUGUAACUGCUUCUAAAAUUCCUGCCUUUUCUCCCACCUCUGGGAAAAGUAGCUCUAUGCCUGCUCAUAGCACUGACAACACUAAUCCUCCUGCUAAAUCCUCAAUCCCUUCUCCCACCUUUCAUAGUCUUCCUGCAAGUCGCACAGUGUCUUCAUCAUCCCAUAUUCCAUCUGUAUCUAACGGCUCUGUAAAGCUGCAGAACACUACUUACACAGCUAAAGGUCACCAUCUUUCAUUCUCACCACAAGCUGCUAAUGGCCGACCAUCUCACACCUCUUCCUCCUCCUCUUCUUCCCAUUCUUCCCAUUCCCCUGUCUCUCCCACCUCCUUGAAUCAAGGUAUGAAGAACAUCCGGACAAUUCAUACUCCUAGCUUCACCAGCUCCAAAACUUCGAAUGGGACUACAAGCAAAUCCUCAGCAAAAGAAACAUCAUAAACUCUCAGACUCACUCUCAUAUAGACUUAUGCCAUCUGUUUAUUUUUGUAGUUAAAUGGUGUCACUGUAAGAACAAAAGAAUGUGUCUGUCGUUUUUUGGUACAGAUGUUUAGUGAUCAUUACCGAGUGAAAGUGCUGAAUUAUAUGUACAAGAGAUUUCUGUAAAGCUGUUUAUAUAGCAGAUUGUUUUAAUAAAAUUGUAUAAUUUUGUAAUUACUUGGAUUAGUACUGUGCCUGUAAGAUAAUGCAAUGACUGUGUACACUAAAGUGUUGCCAUAAAAAGACUAAAGUGACAGGGUCAAAACUGUCAAAAAAUGGCCACUGCAUUUUUUCUGUAGGCUCAGUGGCACUGGAAACAAAGUUACGUUUUGGAACUGGAGGAAUGAAAUUUGAUUCGUUUUGUAAAAAUGUAUUUUAUUUUCAAGUCAUGUUACAGAUUUCUAUUUUUGGCAGUCUGAUUAAAUGUUGUUUUCAAGGUUUUUGCCACAUAAUGUUUUAUACUAAUGUAAUAGCAUGGACUUGAAUAAAGCUUCUGAAAGAAGUGAUAGCACCAUGUAGACAAAAUGUAGUUCAACAGCACAGCAUCUGCUUUCUUCUAUUUACGAAUUGCACUGCCGUUUUCUCUUACCUUUACUGAUAAUCAUUGUUUUUUUUUUUGUUUGUUUUGUUUUUUUGGUUUUUUUUUUGGUAGAUAAUCAGAAGCAGUUUGUUGGACACAAUUCUUUUUACUGUUAUUUUUUUUACCUUAUUAAAAUUUAACAUGCCAGAUUUGUAGCAUUUUUAGUUGAAACGUUUUUAAUAUUUACAUGACUGAUCUGAACCUUGUUCCUUCAUUUAUCUUUACUGAGACCUGGUAAUCUAGCUGAAAAACAGUGUGCAGAAUGCCUUCCUGGAACCUCUUAUAAAUAUAUAUAUUUUCUUUUUUGCAUAUAAUUUUAUGUACUAGAAAACUUGUGUAUAUAUAUAUCUAUAUAUAUAUAUAUAUAUUUGCUUACAGAUUGCUAAAGUACCUAAAGUAGGUUUUUAACAUACCAAAGUUUUCUUUCUAUGCAUGAGUUUGCAAAAUCUAAGGGAAAGAUUGACAUAGCUAUAAAGAAAAUAUGUUUGUACAGCCAGAGUGUUAUUGUAAAUAAUAUAUGUAAAGUACUGUAAUGUAUUAUACAACUCUAUGGUAAACUGACUCCAUUGUGAAAAAAAAUUAAUAAAGGGCUGCAUGCAUAUACUUUUGCUACUGUGUAAGAUGCAAUAUUUAUUUGGUUUUGCUUAUGUUGUCUGUAUCAGAUAAGAAUAUAAACAGUUUUGUUCGUUUUCAGAUAUUGCCAUUUUUUACAGAUUACAUUAGUUAUGUUUUCAUAACAGAAUGUGACCUUUAUGUUUGACCAGACUAAGGGUUAUACUGCAUUUCAAAUAAAGGUUAAAAGAGAAUA